AUUAACUCUUUAACUGCCAGUGCUUUACACGAUGCAAUGAUGUGGAAUACCGACAACAAAAAUCACAAAACCGUGACAGAAAAUCUUUCAAGGCUUGCCCAGAGAAGCUGUGGAGCUGCCACCCUCGUACUUGGCAGCCAAGGGCCCGAGCCCACAGCCGCCAUGAGGCGGUGACCGUGAUGUCACAGUGGCUGGCAGGGAGCGGCCAUUGUGACCCGUGAGGCUUGGAGCAGAGCAAAGGCUGCGGGGCUCAGGCCCAGUCAGUGCGGCCUGGUGAGGCGCGGAGAGAGCAGGGACUCUCGCAGUGCUCGCCGUUGACGCAUAUCAUGUCCGACAGGAAGCGGAAGGCCUCCGACUCGGAGGAGCCAGGUGAGAGCCACGUAUCCCUGUGCACAGCUCCCGCCACUGGACAGCAGAGUGCUGGGGAUCUCCCCGCGGCUGAGACCUGAGAGGAGAGGAAGGGGCAGGCAGGGCCUCCACACAGGCAUGGGGCAGGGCCCCACUGCUCCUUGGCAAGGAGGCCCAGCUUGGGCUGUGGCUGCCCGCUGGCACCGUUGGGCCUGCAACGGCCCCUUCCUCUACGCUGCCUCCAGCCAGCACGGCAGGCACAGAGCAGGAGCCUGGGGACAGCCCUCUCGGACACCUGGCCCCGCAAGGCGCUCACCGCUGCUCACAUUUGCUCUCUCCUCUGCAGCGUGCGUGCUGUGUGGCCGGGAAGAUGUUGACCCGGACAUCUGCGGACGCACAUUUGAGCAGUAUGGGUUCGUGGUCCAUGAGUUCUGCUUGAUGUUUGCCCAUAUCGAUUUUGAAGACAGCCCCACACCAGAAGGAAAUAUGGGCAUCCCCCUUUUUACCAUCAUGCACAAGGUCAAGCAGGCAAACCAGAAGCAAUGCUGCGUUUGUGGCGAGAGGGGAGCUGCCAUCACAUGCGCAAGCAGAGGCUGUGAACGAAGCUUCCACCUGCCCUGCGCCGCGGAUGGGGAAUGCAUCACCCAGUUCUUUGGGCAGCACAGGUCCUUCUGCUGGGAGCACCGCCCUCAACAGGCGAUUCAGGAAGCUCCAGCAGAAGACACCACCUGUGUCAUCUGCAUCGAGACCGUGGGGGACAGAUUGUCCUAUCACACCCUGGUGUGCCCAGCGUGCACACAUGCCUGGUUCCACCGGGGUUGCAUCCAGCGACAAGCCUUGAAUACCGGCACUCUGCUCUUCCAGUGCCCCAGUUGUCGAAACGACACCCUCUUCUGCACAGAAAUGUCCACCAUGGGCAUCCAAAUCCCAGCCAGAAUACCAGAAUGGGUGGAUGAAUUCGAUCCAUCGCUUCUACAGAGGCACAGGCGCUGCGAUGCCAGCACGUGCCUUAACCCUGGAGGCAGAGAGCAGUCACAAAGAGGGGGGCCCUGGCAGCUCGUCCUGUGCCGCUCCUGUGCUGCGGAGGGCACCCACAGACAAUGCUCCGACUUGAGCACCAGGAGGACCGCCUGGGAGUGCGAUAGCUGUGCUGGCCUGGGGACCGCCGCCAGCACCAUCUCGGAGCUCGCCGGCCCCAGCACUUCCAACCGGGACGGCCUGGGGCCAUCCCACAACCCCCAGGAGCAUGAGGACAGCAGGCCCGGCCCCGCCAGCCAGGCAGCUCUGGGGCCAUCACACAGUUCCCAGCUGCCUGAGCUCAGCAGCAGCACCAGUGAGCCGCAGACAGAACAAGGGACAAUGCGCUCACCUUUUCCUGACCACCAGGAUACAUCAGAGCAGCGCCAAGAUGGCCGUGGGAGGAGACGUACACCAGCCCCAAGCGCUGAAAGCAGCUCCCACCCAUCGACCAGGCGGGGCACAUCACAGUCCUCCAGAGAGGCCACAGCGGCUGCACGCAGAAGGCGCCCCAGGCAGCGGGGAACAAGCCGGAUACGAAGCCGCUCCCCGCUGCAAGGUCGGGCCCCCAGUUCCCAGAGCCGGACCAGAAGACCUCGAGGCAGCAGGCCAACACCAGCUCCAGCUGCUCACAACAGGACCCCCAGCACGACCAGACGGGCGACACGGAGGUCGCUGAGGGCUUCCCUGCGUUCCAACACUGGGGAAGGACCCAGGCAGCCAGGGGAGGCCCGCACGCGAAGACGCUCCUCAGUGGCACGUCGAGCCACAAACGUCCGCCGCCGGCCCUGAGGAGCCUGCAGGAGCCAGUUCCAACAGUGGCGGCUAUCCCCACUGCCACGAAGGCACUGCUGGGUCCAACACGGAAGCCAACAUCCCCCCACCUACACCUCCACUCAGCCCCAAAAAAGAUGGCACGGAAGCAGCCGCGUGCCAGCACCACGUGCUGGCUCUAGUCCCAAGUGGCCAACACAAUAAACCCAGCCACCCCACCCACAUUUCUUUGUCAGCUGCUUCUUCUCUGCUUGCCCUGAGGUGGGCAGACUUAGGCGCGGACAUCACAGGGUUUUCUCCUCCUCAGCACCUUCCCAGUGCACACGACGGGCAAACCGGCUGUGGCACAUCAGAAGGGCAUGAAGCGCAGUUAGCACGGCCGUUAGCACGGCCGUUAGCGCAGGCAGGCCGUGGCUCCUUGCCACCCUCGAGAAGGGCACAUCACUUGACAGGUCCUUGCUCUUCUGUAGCACCAAGGCGCUGCCAUGGUCCCCACGCAGCAGGGAGCUGCUGCAAAAAGGAACGCGGCGACUCUGACAGAAAGCACCUAUGUCCGUGCAGCCGUUCAGGUCUCAGGCUGCGCUGAGUGCCUGAGCCUCUCGCUGCUACACGCCCUAGGGCAGCAGAGAUACCGC